CUGUCUCGUGUGAACAGCUGUUGAGUGCAUGUGUUUGUUGACAGUUGUCGUAAACCUAUCCACACAUACAUCGACAUUAAUAUUUACAUGUCAUUCAAGCCAUGGCUCACCACAUGAAGACAUUGCUCAAGAGUGCCACCAAUGGGCGCGAUGUCCGCUUUGGCAGAUGGAUCCACUCGACCACCACAUGUCACCGUAUCUUCAGCUGGAAUCAGAUGCUUGUCAUGACUAAUAUCAAUGAAACCAUUGGUUCCCAAUUAGAGACCACACAUAAGAGUCAAUCUCUCUUUAACAACAAGAACUUAAUAUCAAUGACUGAAAAGGGUUUAUAUAUUUUGAUGCCAUUAGUGGUGAAAGCGAUGGACAAAUUGGUUGAUAUAAUCAAUGACGAGAUGUUAGCCAUAAAGGCACAGAAGAUAUCGAUGCCAUCACUCGUGUCUAAACGACUUUGGGAUAAAUCAGCUUGCGGUUCUGUUGGAACCAUUGGCGGCAAAUAUUCUGAAGAGUUUGUGUUGGGGUCUGAUUUAGGGGAAGACGAGGUCUUCAAAUGCAACUCAUGUGACAAAGCAUUCAAUGCAGAACUGAUAGCCACUCGUCAAGAGGUGGAGUGUAUGUUCUGCAGUAGUCAUGACUUAACCAAAUUCAAUGCCAUAGAAGUCGGACAUACUUUCCUUCUUGGGAACAGAUAUUCUGAAAAAUUUGACGCAAAAUAUACAGCGAAUGAAACGAAAGCCAAAAACAUAUACGAGAUGGGGUGCUAUGGGUUGGGUGUGAGUCGGAUAUUAGCCGCUUCUGUGGAAGUGUUGUCUGAAAAUCACUCAAUUCGAUGGCCCUAUGCUUUGGCGCCUUUCAAAGUGUGCUUAGUUUUGCCAAAAAAAGGCAGCAAAGAAGACGUUUCCAAUGGAACAGCAUUUACACAGGAUUUUGCCAAUUGUUUGUCAAAUGUGUUGAAUGAAGAUAUUCUGGUCGACGACAGAAUUAAUCAGACAAUUGGUAGACGACUGGCCGGUUUGGAAACGUUAGGCAUUCCUUAUACGAUAAUUGGUGGCAAACGAAUCACUGAUGAAAUGCCCAAAUUUGAAGUGAUUGACAAUCAAACGAAAAAUAACUAUUUAAUGACUCAAUUAGAAUGCAUUCAGUUCUUAGAAAGU